UGCACUUGCAGCGCAGAUUAACUGCAAAGAUUAAGCAAAUUAACCGGGACGGUGCCUCCAGAAAUAAACUGUUGCUGUGCAGUUAGUUUGACAGCAGUCAUUAUGUACACUAGAACACGGAAUAACAUUUCAUGGAUACUUUCAAAAUGCUCGGGAAUUUCAUGAUGCCAAUCCAAUCAGCAAUGAUGAAUGAGACACAGAUUGGGAGGAUCCUCCCUGACCAGUCAUCGGGCAGUGGGCACACCUUUGGCACCCCACGCCACUCAAGGAUCAUCGAUCCUAUCUUAUCGAAGAGAGUCUGCUUCUACAAAAGUGGAGAUUCUCAGUUCAAUGGCUUGCGCAUGGUCAUCAACAAUCGCACCUUUAAAACAUUUGAUGCGCUCCUGGACAGUCUUUCUAAAAAGGUUCCCCUGCCGUUUGGGGUGAGGAACAUCACCACUCCCCGGGGGGUUCAUGCAGUCCAUACUUUGGAUGAACUGGUGGAUGGAAAAUCUUACAUCUGCUCCGACAGCCGUAAGGUAAAACCGAUCAACCUAGCACUGGCCAGGAAGAAGCUCCCGCCCUGGUACAACGCCAGGCCUAUUAGCUCCCGUCGUCGGACCGUGCAGCAGGCCAGGUCUUUCCCUGGCCAGAACAUUUUUGUGCGCACACCAAAGAAGCUACUGGUUUUUCGCAAUGGUGACCCCACGGUAAAACACACUGUGGUGCUUCACAAGAGGACUACACUCACUUUUGAGUCUAUCUUGGAACAUAUUUCAGAGCUGAUCCAAUUCCAGGUGGUGAAAUUACACACAGUGGAUGGCAGACGUGUGGAUAGUCUUCCAGGCUUGAUAUUAUGCUCUGGGACAGUUGUGGCUAUGGGCAGGGAGCCAUUCAGGCAUGCAAACUACAAUGCACAGAAAUCAACAGCUACAACAAUGCAGCCGACCAAACAAAUGGGUCACAGAAGACUAAAGGCAUUAAAACGUUGCCUGUCAACAGAUCAAGUACCCAGAGCAUUACUGUAAUCUUGUUUUAAAACUCUUAAAAGAGAUCCCACGUCCCCGCAGAUGUCAAGCAACAAGGCCAAUCCCCACUGCACUGAAUGAACGGAUCAGUUUGUGGUCGCAUCUCAGGUCAGGGAUAACGUUCAGGUGUGCAAAUGGUAGAAAUUGUCAGCAAAUACUAAAUACUAGAUUUAAUGUCCUAUUGGUUGUCUAAACUGUAAAUAAGACGUCAUUGUUCUUUACUAAGUGACCAUAGCUUUAUGCAUAUGUACGAUAAAUUGACCUUUAUAAUUAGGAUAGGUGGUUUUAUGGUUUCAAUGUGGCAGCUGUGACAAUUUUGUGUCUUUAAAUUGACGUGGAGGAAUAAAAUGUGUAUUU